GAGGAGCUCGACUUCUCGGUGCUCAAGAACGGCAAAGUCAACAAGGGCGGCAACGUCAUCGAUUCCGAUGGCAAGAUCCUUGGGCGCGUCGUGUCAGGUAUCCUGAAGUACCUCGUCGGCAAGAGGGUCGACGAGAACGGAGAUAUCUGGUCCGACAACGGGAAAGUGAUUGGCAAGGCCGAACCAAUUUCCGAUAGCGAGCGGGAGGACAUGCUGAAGGAGCCGGCGCCCUUUGAGAGCUUCCCCGAUGCCGUGGUGGAUGGAAACGGGAUGGUGGUCAGCAAUGGGGAGUGGGUUGGUAAAGUUAUCGAGGGCGAUUUGAAGAUGUUGAGAGGCAAGAGCGUCGAUGCGGAUGGCGAUAUUAUGGAUAAGGCCGGUAAUGUAAUUGGACGCGCGGAGCGCUGGGAGCCGGAGCCCGAGGAGGAGCCUGAGCCCGAGCCCGAGGUGGAUAAGAGCAUUUUGGCUGGGAAGAGGGUCAACAAGGCGGGCAACGUGGUUGAUGGCUCGGGAGUCAUUUAUGGUCGUGUGGUGGAGGGUAAUGUGAAGAGGAUGGUUGGUCGCAUGUGCGAUAAGAACGGCAACAUCCUCAGUGAGAGUGGUGAUAUUCUCGGCAAGGCCGAGCUUGUCCCCGAAGGCGAGCGCGAGGGCAUGAAGGAGGGUCCCUUCUCUGAGCUUGAGGGCUGCACCGUUGCCAAGGAUGGAACCAUCGUCACUCCUGGUGGUGAUAUCGUCGGCCGUCUCGUCAAUGGCGACCCUAAGGUGCUCUUUGGUCGUCCUGUCGAUGACGAUGGUGAUGUCCUCGACAAGAACGGCAACGUCCUCGGCCAUGCUGAGCGCUGGACGCCCGAGGAGGUUGAGAGGAAGAAGAACCCCAUGUCUGGUCGCAAGGUCAACCGCGAGGGCAACGUUGUCGACGAAGACGGCAACAUCAUCGGCAAGUUGACCUCUGGCGACCCGCAAGCUUGCUCUGGUAAGGAGAUUGACGACGACGGAGACGUUGUCGACUACAAGGGCACUGUCAUCGGCCACUGCACCCUCCUCGAGGACAUCAGAGCCGAGGAGUCGCCCGAGGAAAAGGAGAAGAGGGAGACUGCCGAGAAGGACAAGAAGCUGGCCCUCCAGAUGAGUGUCUGCAUCGAGCAGUGUCUCGACAAGAUUCGUCCUCUCUGCAAGAUGAUCACCGAGAAAAUCGACAAGGCCGAACGCACUCCCGAGGAUGAGCGUGACGAAGAGGCGCUCGUCAGGGAGGUUAAGCCCUUGAUCGAGGAGGGUGGUCGCAUCCUCACCGAGGCCAAGGGCAUCAUCAAGGGUCUCGACCCUGAUGGCCGCAUCGCAGCCAACGCUAAGCACAAGACUGCCUCGCGCGAGGCCUCGCCCGAGGAGUACCACUUGGCCGAAGUCCUCAAGGACCUCACUGGUGACGUUACUCAGUGCAUCGAAAACGCCAAGAAGAAGCUCGAAGACAUGCCUCAUGCGAAGAAGGAGCUCAACCCUCUCUGGGGUCUUCUCAACGAGCCACUCUUCCAGAUCCUGGCUGCUGUUGGCUUGCUCCUGAGUGGUGUUCUCAACCUCGUUGGUAGAUUGCUGGGCGGCCUUGGUCUUGGUGGUCUCGUUGAUGGCCUCUUGGGAACACUUGGUCUCAACCGCGUCCUUGAGGGUCUCGGUCUUGGUUCCGUUACCAAGAGUUUGACAGGAGCCGGCAAGAAGAAGAACGGUGGUCUUUUGGGUCUUGGUGGCUAA